UACAUUUAACCGUGUUUUAGUUGAACCCAAUUCGUCAACUUCCGGAAUGGCAAAGAACCAUAUGGUUCCGUUUACAGUUUAGAACCGAAAUCGUAGUUUCAGGAAUGGGUCUGUAGCUAAGCGAAGAUGCCAGAAGAGAAGAUAAUUCCAAUGGACAGCGAGCCUCACGAGUUAAAACUCGGGAAGAGCUUCGAUCACCAUUCUAGGUCGGCAUUUCACUCCAUCCGGUAUGAUUUCAAGCCUGCCUCAGUGGACACCUCCAAGGUGGCCUCAGUUGACGUCCAGCCAAACAAACAGGUCAUCGUGACGGUGCCACAUGUGGAGGGAGCAGGCACCACCCAGACAGUGUAUAAAGGCAAUAAGAGGCCCUGUCAGAAGGAAUGUGUCUUAAUCAUAGACCACAGGACAGGGGAGAUCACUCUGGAAAAACUGUCCAGUACAGUGCAACUGAAGAAGACAAGGACAGAGGGCAGCAGCAGAGCCCAGACAGGAGGGCGUCCCGUCACCCCCAAUGAACAGCUCAAGCUCAAGACCUCUCCAUCCAAGAAGAAACACAGUAGCCAUAGCAGUAGUAGCCAUAGUUUGGGAAACUCCCAGGAAAAUGUAGGAAAAGAGUCUCACAGUGUGGCCAGUCCAGGCGUCAUGAGUGACAUGGACAGCAGCAGUAGCAGCAGCUCUGAUGACUCAGACACUGAGAGCAAACCUACAAAAACAACGUCUUAUCAAGCCAAUGGUGGCAGCCAUCACAUUCCCCCCUCCCACUCACAGCCUCAUUCCCAGCAGUACCAGUCUCAGUCUGGCUCCAAGGGUUAUGUACACAGUACACUCAGUGAGGAUCUACAGCUCAGUGAUUCUGAAAGUGACAGUGAUUGAUGGCCUUUGCCACAGAGGUCACACGAAUGGAUGACCUUUGACACAGAGGUCACAUGAAUGGAUGACCUUUGACACAGAGGUCACAUGAAUGACCUUUGACUCAGAGGUCACAUGAAUGGAUGACCUUUGGCACAGAGGUUGAGUGAAUGGAUGACCUUUUUAUAUGGAGAUUACAGGAAUUGGUGAAGCUUUUUCAAAGAGGUUACACAAAAACUUGAUGUGAAGUUCAGAGCUUAAUAUGGUGCUAUAUUUUGUGUGUGGCCUGGUGAGUUUCAAUAUGUCUCAGGAAAGGCCAUUAGAUAAAAUUUUGAUAUCUUUUAAAGAUAAAGCUUUGGAAAAUCUUAUCAUAAUGCUAGAGCAAUCCAGGUGUGCAGUAACAAUAAUGUUGCCAAGAGUUUAAUACCAAGAAAAAUUCCACCGAAGUGGUCAAACCUGCUCAAAGUCAAAUCUCCUGGAUGACAAACUUGCCAAAACGUGUUUGGGAUGGAUUUCUUUUUAAGCAUGAUGUUUUUAAUUCACCUUUUACAAAGGUGGGAUUAUUAUGACACAAUUAAUUGAAAGAUAAACCUUUGACCUUCAAAAUGUAGGACAGAGAGCAGCAGUGGGGCUCAGACAAAAAGUUUGAUACCUAUCAGCAUCUCACUCCUUAUCCGUAUGAAAUAUGUGUUGGUUUAGUUGCACAUGGUGUUUUGGAGCUGCAUAAUGUGUUAUAUAACAUGGAGUUGGUUCACAAACUUGUUAUACAUGAUAUAACAUAACUGACUAUGGUUAUUUCAGAAAAUAUGAUUAAUUUUGUAUUUGCUCCUAAUUUUAUACCAGACUAACUUACUCAUGUAAGUGGUAGUCAUAUCAAACUGGUAAAUUGAAAUGGCCUUCGAACAACGAUGUGGGUGUUUUAUGCUGCUUUGUUGUUAUUAUUAUAAUGAUAAUAAUUCCAGGAAAUAGUUACUUGCUUUGUAUGUGAGCAAACAUCUGUGAAAGAUAUUGUUAAUUGCCUUGGAAACCCCAAUUCGCCAAUUACUGUUUGCCUCAAUGCAUAAUAUCAUCAGAUAAGUCACGUAGAUGAGACUUGUUCAGUAUGUCAGUCCACUUUCUUUGUUGUCGAUGAUUCAAAGUGCCAUGGAACUUGUUGGGGGAAUUGGUAACACUGACUCUAGUGGGUCCGUAUGAGUGGUCAAUGAUGGAGGUUUGUUCAUACAUAUAAUGAAGAAAUGUAAUGUUCAGGGCCCCGUAUCUUGAAAGCUUCACUCGUUGCGAGCGGGCGCAAGCGUCUCGAUUCCAUAACUCGCCCAUACUCGCCCGAUGUAAUACAUUGUAGCCUCUAUGUGAUAUCGCUAUUAGCAAUACCCGAUGCUUUCGAGGCACGGGGCCCUGAACGCUUUACUGAGUCAAUAUAACCAAUUGCUCAUAAGGAAUAGCCAGAAAUAUAUGAUUGGAUUGCCGUUGAAAUGAUAUGGACAGAAACUACGUUUAUAUAAUAUAUUAUAUAUGUUAUAUAUCUCCCAGAAAGACAGAUUCAUGGUCAGGUAAUAGAUCGGUUUAAAGAGAACAUUGGCAACAAGAUGUGCUGGCCUUUAACGUACAGAUUGUGUUUCUUUUGUCAGAUUGAGAAAAAUUCCUCAUACAACAAGGCCUUUAGUCAUGUAUCAAUGAAAAUGUAUUAUUUAUU